AUGAAAGGGAACUAUAUAAACGACGAUAGAAUGGACACCGUUAUAAAUAAUACUGAUAAGGAUGCGAUAAAUAAUAAUGAUAUGUGUCCUAGUUUAUGUUUUACAGAUGAUAUAAUAAAUGAUCAAAUUUUAUACAAUGGUAAACAAGAUAAUAUGAAUAUAAUUGACCCGGAAUAUGACAUAAAUAAUGUAAACAGUGAUAUUAAUAAUAUGCCUGAAUGUACAGGCAGCAAUGAAACAAAUAAUUCUUAUACAGACAAUAAUACAAUAUGCAGUGAAUUAAAUAUAGAAAAAAACAAAGAACUUAGUGAUGAUAUAAACAUAGUAUAUUCAUAUGUUGUUAAUGAUUCUAAAAGACAAAUGAGUUCCAACAACGAAUUAAUAUCUAUUAAUAUAACUAUAGAUGAAAAUAAAAAAUACGUAUUAAAAAAAAAAAUAAAUAAAUUGCCUUUUUUCAGAUAUGGACAUUUUUUAUGUUUAACUAAAAAUGGAUGUAUAUUAGCUAUUGGGGGAACAGAUGGAAGAAAAAAAUAUGCUCUAAUAGAAAAAUAUUGCCAAGAAAAAAAAAAAUGGAAACAAAUAAAUUUAAUGCACUUUUCGAGAUCGAAUUUUUGUGGUAUAUGUACAGGUGAUAAUAAUCUUUUUGUAUUAGGGGGAGAAGGUAAUCAACAUAUAUUAAAAAGUGUUGAAUAUUAUGAUAGUAAAAUAAAUUCGUGGAGGUCUUUACCUCCUCUUAAUUGUGUUAGACAUUCUGCUAGUGCAAUUAUUUUUCAUAAUACGAUUUUUAUAAUUGGAGGAAAAGAUGGAGUUGGGAAUUAUGGAAAAGUUCAUAAAAGUGUUGAAAUGCUAAAUUUAAAUGAAAAAAAUAUGAAAUGGGAAAUGUGUGAACCAUUAAAACAAGCUCGACUCGCAUUGGUCGCAAUAGUAUUCGACAAUAAAAUAUAUGCUAUAGGAGGAUCAACCGGAGUGAAGGAUCUCAAAUCAGUAGAAAUUUAUGACUUUAAAAAAAAUGAAUGGACAGAAGGACCAAAUCUAAAUAUCGCUAGAUCUAAUUUUGUCGCAUUUAUAUGGAAAAACCACCUAGUUGUCUAUGGUGGAAUAAAUAAUACCAACGGGGAUUUUUCAAACUGUGUGGAAAUACUAGAGGAAAAAACAAACCGUUGGAUCCUACUGAACGAAACUUUGGAAAAUUAA